GACAUGACCAAAUGCAUCUACUGCGGCUUCUGUCAGGAGGCGUGUCCUGUGGAUGCUAUCGUAGAGGGUCCUAACUUUGAGUUUUCCACUGAAACCCACGAAGAACUGCUCUACAACAAGGAGAAGCUGCUCAACAAUGGAGACAAGUGGGAAGCUGAGAUAGCUGCCAACAUACAAGCUGAUUACCUCUAUCGAUAGACACCACACACACAGAGUGUACAGUCAGCACACCAGCAUAACCUCUCUGACAUCCACAUACGUCCAUACUGUACAUACUGAAAGAAGACUGACUCAGCUGCGACGGAUGUGCUUCAGGGUUGGAUUUGGGUUUGCUGAUGCAUCUUUAAGUUUUGUAACAGUUCCUUUGGUGUCAGUGUCGUACUCUUCUUAUAUGUUGAAUAUACCUUUCUCUACACAUUUAUUGUAGAAUGAUGAAUACUACCAAUGCUGUCUGUGUGUUAAGUGUACAGCUGUCUCAGCACGGCCCACUCUGGGAUCAUGAGAGCCAUGUGGUUGUCUGUACAGUCCCAUUGAACUAAAACACAAGGAGGUUGAGUCAUGCUGUGACAGUAUGAGUGCUGUACACUGAUUGCAGACUUUAUCCUGGAUUGAUUCUGAUGUCCUACAGUAUACAUAGACUAUUGUUAUUAUUUUGAGUGUCAGUGCAGAGUUGUAUGGCCUUUGUGCUCUUUCUACCCUGACUCAAAAAAUUAAAUUCUGUUAGAAACA